UACUGCAGUCUCCAAACCCUAUCUCUUCACUCGCUCCCUCUACCUUCCCAGCCGCCGCCGCCGCCUCCAUUCGCGAAGGGGAAAAAACACUCGUCGCGCCUAGCCUAGUCCCACGGUCACCUGAACCACCACUGCUGUCAUAAUCCACCACCGCCACCAAGCUCUGUCGUAGCCACCCAACACUCUCUCAUGAUCUUGGCGUCCCGCCCUCUGCCAUUCCUGGAUCCCGCUCCCUGCAGCUAGCGGCACAUCGUGGCUGCAGUUUGCUGCUUUGCAGCCGCCGGUGCCACGCAAUGGUUCAGUGCAUCCGGUGGCGCUUUGUGGGACAUGUCCUCCCCAUCUCGGAUCCAGCACGUCCUCCUCCCCCUCUUGGAUCCAGCACGUCCGUCCUUCUGGGAUGCGUAUUCCCCAUCGACGACCUGACCUUGUGUGGAUGUGGAUUCAUUAGCUGUUGCCCCUCACCAAAUGCCUUCAUCCUGCCCUUCUCUGGAUCCAUUAUCCCCGCUGAUGAGGUAGCAGUGUGUGCUAGGGUUUGCCCCAAGAUGGGGAAGGCGAAGAGCAAGGACUGCAAGUUCGUGGGGGCUGCAGAUUUUUUUCGGCUUUGUUCUUCAGCUACAACACUGCAGGUGAGGCUUUCAUUCGCGCCAGCACCUGCUGAACCUGCAGCUGGAUCAUUCUCAAGGUCCUAUGCUGAGCAGACAAUGUCCACUGCACAACGAGGGGAUAGGUCUUCUGCCAGUAAGCCAUGGGAGAUGCAGCAGUACUUGCAACAGAGGCCUGGUUAUGGAUCCAACUCCCAAUUGAGUGAUGAUGGAUCAGAUGCCUAGGACAGCAGUAAGUGCAUCAGAUGCUGUGACUGAGGUUCCUGUUAAUGGUGCUACGACAAGUGAUGCUGGACAGAGCGAGAUCGAAGAACAAUCAGUGGCCAUCUACGUGAAACCAAGACAAGCCAAAAACUGGGAAGCAAUCUAUAAGAGAGAUUCAGGAUUUCUGGUACAUCUGGAGUUUGUCAUAUAUUUCUGAAUAACAUCUUGUAUCAGAACAACGGGACAACCGUGCAAGAUGGAUACCUGUAAUAAUUCAAUUAGUAGCAUAUAGUUUCUGUAUUUAAAUUAAUGCUACUCUUACACGGGAGAACAUAUCAAUAAUAUUUCUAUAGUUGUUCAAUUGUGGUCUGAGGGUGCUUAAAAAGUGUGCUUGUGAAUUGUUGACCUGUAACACAUAACAAUUGUGUUGUAGAGGUUUAAACCACACAAUAUUUGUACAUUGACAAAAGUUAAUUUGAGAUUCCUUAUGUACUA